AUGUGCUCUCCAGUCACAGGCAGCUGUGAGUCCUGCAAGCCAGGCUGGAAUGGAACACUGUGCAAGCAGCGAUGCUCACCUGGUACCUUUGGCGAGAGUUGCAGCCAGCAGUGCCCCCGCUGCCGGCUUGGGGAGCCAUGCCAGACAGAAACCGGGCACUGUCAGAGCUGUGACCCUGGUUGGCUGGGGCCCAGGGGGUGCCCAGGACUGUGCCCAGAAAUCUACCUUGCCCUGAUCCCUGCCCACCUCUGGUUCCUCCCACUCAGCCUGCUCUUCCUUGUUACCCCUAGCUGCAACAGUUCCUGCCCUCCUGGCUUCCAUGGAAACAAUUGUUCUCUGCCCUGCCGAUGUGCCGAGGGACUCUGCCACCCGGUCUCUGGGUCUUGCCAACUGGGCCCUCAUGGCAAGAGUGCCCUCAUUGCAGGCAUCCUUGUGCCUCUGCUGCUGCUCCUCCUGGGCAUCGCCUGCUGUGUCUACUGCCGCUGGACCACUCGGUUGGACCCCAAGGACAGGCCAACAAGAGAUGACCCUGCCUUGUCCAGGAUGAAGCAGCAGGUCUGGGGAGCACUGAGCAGCCUGGGCUCUGCGCUGUCCUGUGGCUCUCUCAGCAACUACAGGCUUCCCUGGGUGACAGUCUCUCACCAUGACCCGGAGGUCCCCUUCAACCACAGUUUCAUUGAGCCGCCCUCUGCCGCCUGGGCCUCUGAUGAUUCCUUCUCUUCUGAUCCUGAGUCUGGAGCAGAGGACGAGGGUCACACCUACUUCGUGCCACCCCAAGAAGGGAUGGUCCUCAUGACCCAAGCAGAGUCACCAGAGGUCAGCCUGGCUGGAGGCUCCUUCUCUCCCCCUGAGGAUGCCUCCACACCAUUCCCUAUCCCACGCACGUCCAGCCUGGCACGGGCCAAGCGGCCAUCGGUCUCCUUUGCUGAAGGCACCAAGUUUGCACCACAGAGCUGUCGAAGUUCAGGGGAGCUCUCCAGUCCAAUUCGAAAGCCCAAGAGGCUCUCCAAGGGGGCCCAGCCACGGCAUGAGGGCCAGGAGCCUGAGGACUCCGCAGGCCCAGAGCAAGCAAAAAUGGAGGGGGCGUCUCCUACUGCUGCCAACCCUGGAGAUGCUAGCUGCCACCAAGUCCCUCCUUGUGGCCAGAAAGCAGCUGAGCGUGUGGAAAUCAUCAAUGGCAGUGUCCAGGAGAACCCUGGCGCUGUAGCCACAAUCUACAUGUUGGCAGGGAAGCCCCAGAAAUCUGAGGGUCCUGGCCGGUCUGUUUUCCACCGUUUUGGUAACUUCCAGAAAGGCCUGGCAGAACCAGGCAGGAAGAGUGCCUUCCCUAAGCCUUUACUCCGAGCCCUGGGUCAGAACAAGGGCAAUCUGAGUCCUGGCUUAGCCUCCAAUGACAAGUUCAUGGAGGUCAUGGGAGUUAGGCCAGGGGAAAUGUCCAGGGCUGGGGAUGGUAUUGAGGGCACAGGGAGGAUCCAGGAGCAGAUCUCUGGGAAGUCCCCAGAACAGGAGCUCCAGAAGCAAGCUGAAGAGGAGGGGCAGGAAGAGCCCCUGUAUGAGAAUGUCGUGCUCAUGUCCGGGCCGCCACAGCACUGAGGACCUUGAAUUUGUGGGGAAACCUAUGGAUGGGGUGCAGAGGGGAUGGUGAGAGCACCAGAACUGUCCAUGGGCCAGAUUGUACUUUGUGUUGGAAAAUGAUCCUGGGGCCAGAAAAGACAUACCAGAGCCUCUGCUCUGGAAGAGGCUAGGGUUAGAGGCCAGCUGGCUGCGGGCCCUGGCAGUACCCCCAGAGCCUGUCUGGAAGGCCUGGGCAGAGACCCUGCAGGACGGUGCCAGGAAGAGGAGGGAAGAGAUGUCUGCAGGGACUUUUUGUCUGCUGCCCUGGAUCCUGCCCCAAAGAACUGUGUCUUUCCUUCAUUUGCAAAAUAUUUUCCUGACAUGGGAAACAACCUAAAUGUUUAAGCGAAUAUUUCCCAUGAUCUGUUGCAAUACCGCCACUAAAAAUCAUGUCGUGCAAAACAUUUAAUCAUGAGAGAAUGCUCAUGCUAGGCUGAGUGUGUAAAAACUUGCAGAGCUGGAGGUGUGGCUCAAGUGCCAGAGCAAGCUCAGGCCCUGAGAUCAAACCCCAGAACCGACAAAAAUGAACAAACAAAAAAAGUAAGUUACAAAUUAGGGAACAGUACAGUGCCAUUCUUUUCUUAGUUAUCAUUUUCUUUUUUUCUAGUGCUGGGCAUUGAACCCGGGGCUUCAGGAUGCUAAGCAAGCGCUCUACUUCUGAGCUACACCACCAACUCCCCUUCCAUUGUUUUCUUUUUAAAAACUUUAUUUCUUUUAAUCUCAGGAUACACAUUUGGAAUUCUCCCUUUUUGUGUAUGUCUAGUGACUGUUUUAUGAAUUGUUUUUAAAAAGGAUGUGCAUAAAAAAGAUUCAAAGGAAAAGCAUCCAAUUGU